CAUUUGAAAUAAUUAUUUUACUGACUAUUUUUGCCAAUUGUGUGGCCUUAGCGAUCUAUAUUCCUUUUCCAGAAGAUGACUCCAACGCCACCAACUCCAACCUGGAACGAGUGGAAUAUCUCUUUCUCAUAAUUUUUACCGUGGAAGCAUUUUUAAAAGUCAUUGCCUAUGGACUUCUCUUUCACCCCAACGCUUACCUCCGCAAUGGUUGGAAUUUACUAGAUUUUAUAAUUGUGGUUGUAGGGCUUUUUAGUGCAAUUUUAGAACAAGCAACCAAAGCUGAUGGGGCCAAUGCUCUCGGAGGGAAAGGAGCUGGAUUCGAUGUGAAGGCACUGAGGGCUUUCCGCGUGCUUCGUCCCCUGCGGCUGGUGUCUGGAGUCCCAAGUCUCCAGGUGGUCCUGAACUCCAUCAUCAAGGCCAUGGUGCCUCUGCUGCACAUCGCCCUGCUCGUGCUGUUCGUCAUCAUCAUCUAUGCCAUUAUCGGCCUGGAGCUCUUCAUGGGGAAGAUGCACAAGACUUGCUACAACCCGGAAGGCAUCAUAGAAGAGGACCCUUCCCCUUGUGCUUUGGAGACAGGCCAUGGGCGGCAGUGUCAGAACGGGACCGUGUGCAGGCCCGGGUGGGACGGGCCCAAGCAUGGCAUCACCAACUUCGACAACUUCGCCUUCGCCAUGCUGACGGUGUUCCAGUGCAUCACCAUGGAGGGCUGGACAGACGUGCUGUAUUGGGUCAAUGAUGCCGUAGGAAGGGACUGGCCCUGGAUCUAUUUUGUUACACUAAUCAUCAUAGGGUCAUUUUUUGUACUUAACUUGGUUCUCGGUGUUCUUAGCGGAGAGUUUUCCAAAGAGAGGGAGAAAGCCAAAGCUCGGGGGGAUUUCCAGAAGCUUCGAGAGAAGCAGCAGCUAGAAGAAGAUCUCAAAGGCUACCUGGAUUGGAUCACCCAAGCAGAAGACAUUGACCCUGAGAAUGAGGAUGAGGGCAUGGACGAAGACAAGCCCCGAAACAUGAGCAUGCCCACAAGUGAGACGGAGUCUGUCAACACUGAAAAUGUGGCUGGAGGUGACAUCGAGGGCGAAAACUGUGGAGCCAGGCUUGCCCACCGGAUCUCCAAGUCCAAGUUCAGCCGCUACUGGCGCAGGUGGAAUAGAUUCUGCAGAAGGAAGUGCCGCGCGGCGGUCAAGUCCAACGUCUUCUACUGGCUCGUGAUCUUCCUGGUGUUCCUCAACACACUCACCAUUGCCUCCGAACAUCACAACCAGCCCCACUGGCUCACAGAAGUACAAGACACAGCCAAUAAGGCCCUCCUGGCGCUUUUCACUGCAGAAAUGCUCCUGAAGAUGUACAGCCUAGGCCUGCAGGCCUAUUUUGUAUCCCUCUUCAACCGCUUUGACUGCUUCAUCGUGUGUGGGGGCAUCCUGGAGACCAUCCUAGUGGAGACCAAGAUCAUGUCUCCCCUGGGCAUCUCUGUGCUGAGAUGUGUCCGGCUGCUCAGGAUCUUUAAGAUCACCAGGUACUGGAAUUCCUUGAGCAACCUCGUGGCGUCCUUGCUGAACUCAGUGCGCUCCAUCGCCUCCCUGCUGCUGCUCCUCUUCCUCUUCAUCAUCAUCUUCUCCCUCCUGGGGAUGCAGCUGUUUGGAGGGAAGUUCAACUUUGAUGAGAUGCAGACCCGUAGGAGCACAUUUGACAACUUCCCGCAGUCACUUCUCACUGUGUUUCAGAUCCUGACCGGGGAGGACUGGAAUUCGGUGAUGUAUGAUGGGAUCAUGGCUUAUGGCGGCCCCUCUUUUCCAGGGAUGUUAGUCUGUAUUUACUUCAUCAUCCUCUUCAUCUGUGGAAAUUAUAUCCUACUGAAUGUGUUCUUGGCCAUUGCGGUGGACAACCUGGCUGAUGCUGAGAGCCUCACCUCUGCCCAAAAGGAGGAAGAAGAAGAGAAGGAGAGAAAGAAGCUGGCCAGGACUGCCAGCCCAGAAAAGAAACAGGAGGUGAUGGAGAAGCCAGCGGUGGAGGAGACCAAAGAGGAGCGAAUUGAGCUGAAGUCCAUCACUGCAGAUGGAGAGUCCCCACCCACUACCAAGAUCAACAUGGAUGACCUCCAGCCCAGUGAAAAUGAGGAUAAGAGUCCCCACUCCAACCCUGACACCGCAGGCGAAGAGGAUGAGGAGGAGCCUGAGAUGCCUGUGGGGCCACGCCCCCGGCCCCUGUCUGAACUGCACCUUAAGGAAAAGGCAGUACCCAUGCCAGAAGCCAGUGCGUUUUUCAUCUUCAGCCCAAACAACAGGUUCCGCCUCCAGUGCCACCGCAUCGUCAAUGACACCAUCUUCACCAACCUGAUCCUCUUCUUCAUUCUGCUCAGCAGCAUCUCGCUGGCUGCUGAGGACCCCGUCCAGCACACCUCCUUCAGGAACCAUAUUCUGUUUUAUUUUGACAUUGUUUUCACUACCAUUUUCACCAUUGAAAUUGCUCUGAAGAUCCUAGGCAAUGCAGACUAUGUCUUCACUAGUAUCUUUACAUUAGAAAUUAUCCUUAAGAUGACUGCUUAUGGGGCUUUCCUGCACAAGGGCUCUUUCUGCCGAAACUACUUCAAUAUCUUGGACCUGCUGGUGGUUAGCGUGUCCCUCAUCUCCUUUGGCAUCCAGUCCAGCGCAAUCAAUGUUGUGAAGAUUUUACGAGUGCUGCGGGUCCUCAGGCCCCUGAGGGCCAUCAACAGGGCCAAGGGGCUAAAGCAUGUGGUUCAGUGCGUGUUUGUGGCCAUCCGGACCAUUGGGAACAUUGUAAUUGUCACCACUCUGCUGCAGUUCAUGUUCGCCUGCAUUGGGGUCCAGCUCUUCAAGGGAAAGCUCUAUACCUGCUCGGAUAGUUCCAAACAGACGGAGGCAGAAUGCAAGGGUAACUAUAUCACGUACAAAGAUGGAGAGGUUGACCACCCCAUUAUCCAGCCUCGAAGCUGGGAGAACAGCAAGUUUGACUUUGACAAUGUUCUGGCAGCCAUGAUGGCCCUCUUCACUGUCUCCACCUUUGAAGGAUGGCCAGAGCUGCUGUACCGCUCCAUCGACUCCCACACAGAAGACAAGGGCCCCAUCUACAACUACCGUGUGGAGAUCUCCAUCUUCUUCAUCAUCUACAUCAUCAUCAUUGCCUUCUUCAUGAUGAACAUCUUCGUGGGUUUCGUCAUUGUCACCUUCCAGGAGCAGGGGGAGCAAGAGUACAAGAACUGUGAGCUGGACAAGAACCAGAGACAGUGUGUGGAAUAUGCCCUCAAGGCCCGGCCCUUGCGAAGGUACAUCCCCAAGAACCAGCACCAGUAUAAAGUGUGGUACGUGGUCAACUCUACCUACUUCGAGUAUCUGAUGUUCGUCCUUAUCCUGCUCAACACCAUCUGCCUGGCCAUGCAGCAUUACGGCCAGAGCUGCCUCUUCAAAAUUGCCAUGAAUAUACUCAACAUGCUUUUCACUGGCCUCUUCACGGUGGAGAUGAUCCUGAAGCUCAUUGCCUUCAAACCCAAGGGUUACUUUAGUGAUCCCUGGAAUGUUUUUGACUUCCUCAUCGUGAUUGGGAGCAUAAUUGAUGUCAUUCUCAGUGAAACUAAUCACUAUUUCUGUGAUGCAUGGAAUACAUUUGAUGCCUUGAUUGUUGUGGGUAGCAUUGUUGAUAUAGCAAUCACCGAGGUACACCCAGCUGAACAUACCCAAUGCUCUCCCUCUAUGAGCGCAGAGGAGAACUCCCGAAUCUCCAUCACCUUCUUCCGCCUCUUCCGGGUCAUGCGCCUGGUGAAGCUGCUGAGCCGUGGGGAAGGCAUCCGGACCCUGCUGUGGACCUUCAUCAAGUCCUUCCAGGCCCUGCCCUAUGUGGCCCUUCUGAUCGUGAUGCUGUUCUUUAUUUAUGCAGUGAUUGGGAUGCAGGUGUUCGGGAAGAUCGCCCUAAACGACACCACAGAGAUCAAUCGGAACAACAACUUCCAGACGUUCCCCCAGGCUGUGCUACUGCUCUUCAGGUGUGCCACCGGGGAAGCCUGGCAGGAUAUCAUGCUGGCCUGUAUGCCCGGCAAGAAGUGUGCCCCAGAGUCUGAGCCCAGCAACAGCACGGAGGGAGAGACACCCUGUGGCAGCAGCUUUGCUGUCUUCUACUUCAUCAGCUUCUACAUGCUCUGUGCCUUCCUGAUCAUCAACCUCUUCGUAGCCGUUAUCAUGGACAACUUUGACUACCUGACGAGGGAUUGGUCUAUCCUUGGUCCCCAUCAUCUGGAUGAAUUCAAAAGGAUCUGGGCCGAGUAUGACCCUGAAGCCAAGGGUCGGAUCAAACACUUGGAUGUGGUGACCCUCCUCCGUCGAAUUCAGCCCCCCUUGGGUUUUGGGAAGUUGUGUCCUCACCGUGUAGCCUGCAAACGCCUGGUGUCCAUGAAUAUGCCUCUGAACAGCGAUGGGACGGUCAUGUUCAAUGCUACCCUGUUUGCCCUAGUCAGAACAGCCCUGAGGAUCAAAACAGAAGGGAACCUAGAACAAGCCAAUGAGGAGUUGCGGGCCAUCAUCAAGAAAAUCUGGAAGAGGACCAGCAUGAAGCUGUUGGACCAAGUGGUACCCCCUGCAGGUGAUGACGAGGUCACAGUAGGCAAGUUCUAUGCCACCUUCCUGAUCCAAGAGUACUUCCGAAAAUUCAAGAAGCGGAAAGAGCAGGGGCUGGUGGGCAAGCCUUCGCAGAGGAACGCACUGUCCCUGCAGGCUGGCUUACGCACGUUGCAUGACAUUGGGCCUGAGAUCCGACGAGCCAUCUCUGGGGAUCUUACCGCUGAGGAAGAGUUAGACAAGGCUAUGAAGGAGGCUGUAUCUGCUGCCUCUGAAGACGACAUCUUCAGGAGGGCUGGAGGCCUGUUUGGUAACCAUGUCAGCUACUAUCCAAGUGACAGCAGGAGCAACUUUCCUCAGACCUUCACUACCCAGCGCCCCCUGCACAUCAACAAGACGGGAAACAACCAAGGUGACACGGAGUCACCGUCCCACGAGAAGCUGGUGGACUCCACUUUCACUCCCAGCAGCUACUCCUCCACGGGCUCCAACGCCAACAUCAACAAUGCCAACAACACUGCCCUGGGCCGCUUCCCCCAUCCCACUGGCUACUCCAGCACAGUCAGCACUGUGGAGGGCCACGGGCCCCCCUUGUCCCCUGCUGUCCGGGUACAGGAGGCAGCAUGGAAGCUCAGCUCUAAGAGGUGCCACUCCCGAGAGAGCCGGGGGGCCUCGGUGAGUCAAGAGAUGUUUCCAGAUGAGACCUGCAGUGUGAGGAUGGGCGAAGACGCUGAGUACUGCAGUGAGCCCAGCCUGCUCUCCACAGAGAUACUCUCCUACCAGGAUGAUGAAAACCGACAGUUGACAUCUCCAGAGGAGAAGAGGGAGAUCCAGCAGUCUCCAAAGAGGGGUUUCCUUCGCUCUGCCUCACUAGGUCGAAGGGCCUCCUUCCACCUGGAAUGUCUGAAGAGACAGAAGGAUCAAGGGGGGGACAUCUCUCAGAAGACAGCCGUGCCCUGGCAUCUGGUUCAUCACCAGGCAUUGGCAGUGGCAGGUUUGAGCCCCCUCCUGCAGAGAAGCCAUUCUCCUACCACGUUCCCCAAGCCAUGCCCCACACCCCCUGUCACCCCAGGCAGCCGGGGCAGGCCCCCACAGCCCAUCCCCACCCUACGGCUGGAGGGGGCUGAGUCCAGCGAGAAACUCAACAGCAGCUUCCCGUCCAUCCACUGCAGCUCCUGGUCUGAGGAGACCACUGCCUGUAGUGGCGGCAGCAGCAUGGCCCGGAGAGCCCGGCCUGUCUCCCUCACGGUGCCCAGCCAGGCUGGAGCUCCAGGGAGACAGUUCCAUGGCAGCGCCAGCAGCCUGGUGGAAGCGGUCUUAAUUUCAGAAGGACUGGGACAGUUUGCUCAAGAUCCCAAGUUCAUCGAGGUCACCACCCAGGAGCUGGCUGAUGCCUGUGACAUGACAAUAGAGGAGAUGGAGAAUGCCGCAGACAACAUCCUCAGUGGGGGCGCCCAGCAGAGCCCCAACGGCACCCUCUUACCUUUUGUGAACUGCAGGGACCCGGGGCCGGACAGGGCUGUGGUCCCAGAGGACGAGAGCUGCGCAUAUGCCCUGGGGCGAGGCCGGAGCGAGGAGGCGCUCCCGGACAGCAGGGCCUACGUCAGCAACCUGUAGUCCACAGGGCUGGCGAGACGCGGGUGUUUUUUAUUCGUUUCAAUGUUCCUAAUGGGUUCGUUUCAGAAGUGCCUCACUGUUCUCGUGACCUGGAGGUAACCGGAACAGCGUCUUCAUUCACUGCUGUCGGGACAAGCCUCAGAGCUGGGCGGUCUGCGGAGUCGGCUUUUCAGGGGAGAAGGCCAAGGCCGUGGUGCAGGGCUCCAGCGCCUUCCCGGGGGCAGCACCGCCCAAAGGACCCCACCCCACCCCUAAGCAAAAGGGUGUUUUCCCCUUGCUUGUAUAAACAGUCAUUUGCACAUGUUCUGUCUGAGCCUGGCCGUCUCUAUGGAGUAGGGACCCAGGGAUCUAUUGCAGGAGUAGGCCAGCGCCCCAGGUAGGGGCCCGGGAAAGGGCUGCAAGGUUCCCAGCAGUUUGGGCCUGGUCCCUUCUGGGACUCUUCCUCUGCAGGAGCCGAGGUGCAGGUGGCGGGAGCCAGUGCAGACCACACCACCUGCCCUCAGCUAGCCAGGCCAGGGGGCACAGGCUCUGCCUAGUAAUCUUGGUUUCAUGGUUUGAUGGUUCUUGUUAGCAUGUUUCGGUUUUCUGGGUUUUAGUUUCUUUAUUAUUUUUUAUUUGUUGUGCUUUCCCACGGGGAAGGGAGGAAGAAGAGCGUCUACAGUUGCGCAGCCUCAGUCACUGUUUCCACAUUUGGGUUAUUUAAGUCAGAUUUGGUUUUAUUAUAUUCUUUAAAUGGUGCGGUUUUCUCCCCCACCCCUCUUUUUCCACCCAUGAAGCGCGGGCUCAAUAUCACCACAGGACGGUUUACCUGCUCUGUGUAUGCCCAGUAACUUGUUACAAUUUCCUUAAGUAACACCACCUUUUUCCCCCUUUCUUUCUGGUUCGGUUGAGCGUCACAAUCUGCAGGUAACAGGCUGUUAGAUAAGGUGUUGCGCGCCUGGGCGGUUGAGCUGGGCUCCUUUCUUAGCUGGGCAUGUGGAUAGGUUCAAGAGAGAGGAUGGAUGAGCGUCUGUGUGUCACACGUGUGUCCAUAGUGGGUCGUCUGUGCGUGUGUGCACCCACAUGGUGCGUGCGCACCUCCUCCACCCCACUCCCAACCCCGCACAAAAGUCCGUAGAUCCCGGUUCCAGUUUGACUGCAGGGAGUUCUGAAUCUGGGGUGAUUCGAAAGCAAAAACAAAUCACUGUCUCCGCUUCUGCUUCUGAAACGAGAAUCGGUAACGGCAUUUCCUGUCCCACGAGAUAUGCAAAAGCAAUGCAAUAAUAUCCAUUUUAAAAUACGAUUGUGAGUUGUGUCAGCAUUAAAAUUCUAUUUUAAAAAAACCACAAAAUUUAAGGGAAAAAACUCAAGAAGACAUUUUGCUUCGAUAUAUUCUGUGUAACGUUUUAUUGCAUUGAUAAUGUUUCUGUUGAAGAAACUGUUAUACUUGAAUUCAGGUCAGUUUCAGUAUUUUUCAAAUAUUUUUUUAAAACUGAAUUGCAAUUGUGCCAAGCAAAUAUAAUGACUUACGUUUGUUUUAAAAUUCACUUCUUGUAUAUUUUGCUGCAUGUAAAGUAAAUCAUUUUGUAUUUGGAGUGUGACAA